AUGUCCCGACCGGAACCAGCUCAUCACCACACCCCCACAGAUCUCUCCCCCAACAUCACCUCCUCCUCUCCAAGCCACCUCUCCUCCUCCCUCCACGCACCCUCUCUCUCCGAUUCCCUCGACCCCUCCUCCCACUCCUCCUCCUUCGCAGACUGCCGCCGCUUCUCCCUCCCCCAACUCCUCGAAUCAACCGACGGCUUUUCCGACCGGAACCUUCUCGGAAGGGGCGCAUACGGGCCAGUAUACCGAGGCCAGCUAUUCGGGUGCUUAGUAGCGAUCAAGAAACUGGAACAAGGCAGCGACCAAGGCCCGGCAGAGUUCCGAACCGAAGUGGAGGUUCUGAGCAAGGUUCGGCACCCGCACAUCGUGCUCUUAAUGGGUCACUGCCCGGAAGAAGCUUGUAUCGUGUACGAAUUCCUCCAAGGAGGAAACCUACAGGAGAGGAUAGUCCGAGCGGGGGACAACCCCCCGCCGCCCCUCCCCUGGCACGAUCGGAUCAGAAUCAUAUCGGAGAUCUCCGGUGCGCUGCUCUACAUGCACCGGCACGACCCGCCGAUUCUCCACCGGGACUUAAAGCCCGACAACAUUCUCCUCGACGCCAACUCCAUCUCGAAAAUCGCCGACGUGGGUCUCGCUCGGCUGAUCCCCAACGAAGUCUCAGCUGUAACCUGGAAGGUGCGGGGAACCGCAGGAUAUAUCGACCCUGAAGAGCUUCAAACGGGGGAGUUAUCAGUCAAAUCGGAUAUAUACGCGUUUGGACUGAUAGCUCUGCAGCUGCUGACGGGUUUGAAGAAUGUGAAGCUAGUGCAUGGGCUGCUGGCGGCGUGCGGUACAGGCGCGAGAAACACAGAAGAGGCGACGGAUUUGGUGAUGAGGAGCCUGGAUCGGUCGGCGGGGAAGUGGCCGGAGAGGCUUGUGAGGCGGGCGACAAGGGUGCUGGUGCGGUGUGUUGAGAGAAGGAGAGUGAAUCGGCCGGAUUUGGGAGGGGAGAUUCACCCGCUGCUGGGGGAGAUUGCGGAGGAGGCGAUGGAGGAGAAGAACAGGCGAGCUAAGGAGCUCGACGGGCGGUUCGUGUGCCCGCUGUCACAUGAGAGAAUGAGGGACCCGGUGGUAGCAGCGGAUGGGCAUACAUACGAGCGCGAGCACAUUGAGACGUGGCUCUCCAGCAAUGGGGUCUCCCCUGUCACUGGGCAGCCCCUGGCCCACCGCGCCCUCACUCCCAACUUCAUCCUCGCGUCGCUCAUGGACUCCAUGUGA